AACGUUCGCCGUGUUCAUUCAUGGGUAGCAUAGAGGACGCACUGCUGGAGCUCCCGGGUGGUUCCCAGCCGACUGCCUGCUCGGCUCGCCCCGCUUGCAGCUGCGGGUGUCGGGGCGCUGGUAAUUGUCUCGCGGCCCAUUAGCACGGCUGGACUAAGCGCGCCGCCGACUAUCCGACACGACGUACAGCACCACCGGCUCAAAGAGAGCGCGGGCGAGAGGAGGACGUGUUGAAGGGCAGCAUCCGUGUUGUGUCGCACUGCUCUACCGGAGCCGCCGCAACUAUUACUGAGAUUCGAUACCGCAAGAAACGGAACGAAUCCAUAAACAUUCUAGUAGUGUAGGCAGACUCACCAUGCAUUGCCUUCGGCGAAUCCCCCGCACACACCGGUCGCAUCUCCUGACGGAUCGCACAGCGGGGGGAAACAACACAGCGGACAAAACGUUUCAAAACAAAUAAAUACCUCACGUGGUCGACGCGACUGACGGGCCCGGUCCGGUUGCCGGAAACAGAUCCCCCGACGACCCACCUUGCCAGUUUGGCAAACCGUCAGCGCUGGAGAUUGCGUGGCUCGCAGUAGUUUACAAAUAUUUCUGAAACAAUUCAUUAACAUCUUAUUUAACUUUAGAAUUAAAGUCACGGCGAACUUCCAUUGUUCACUGUCUGAUUAAGGUGCGAACUUUUUUAAAAACUUAGGGUUUCCGAAAGAUUAAUUUUGUGGCCGGAAGUCUGGACACACCCUGCUUCCUCCCACCUCCAGCUGUUCCAAAUGUACGAGGAUGGGGUGACCGUUAUGGUUGGUCUGACGAAAAACAGCAAACAGCACACUACUUUGCUAAAACGCAUGGUGAAGAUAGAGGCGCCUGUGUUAUUUCUCAGAACGACUAUCUCAGAUCACACAAGAACUCUGCCUUCGAAGUGACAACGACACAAGUGAAGACGCUCCUUCAGCCAGAGCUGAAAUAUGGCUUCGACCAGCAGUUCUCCAGACAGUUCUGCAACACCCUUGGAGCAACAUGGGGCGCAUUCUGCGGCGAACUCCCCCGGCAACUUCACCUCGGAUGAGAGUGGCGAUGAUUCUUCAUCAGCCGUGCUUUCGGAUAGGGGCUGUGGAGAAGAUGAGCCUGGUGAAAGCGGCGAAACUGGUGAAACCUCAGACUCCGACACGGACAGAGACGAGGUGAUUUUAUCGGUGUACUGGAAGAAUGGGAAAUUAGGGGCUGCUGCGUACAGCUUACAGAAUCCAGUGAUUUAUGUCCUAAAUGAUAGUGUUGAUGAUUUCCUUCUUGGUUUCAAAGUGCUGCAGAGCCUCUUCCUUCAAAUCCAACCCACACAAGUAGUGACUUGCAAGAACAUGCAGCAGAAAUUUAUUUCUCUGCUCAAUAAUCUUUUGCUUGGAGAAGUGGAAUCGAGAGAUCAAGCUCUUCAUGCUAACUUACAUCUUUUUCCUGACGCAGAGUUCAGGAAUGACAACAGUCUUCGACAGGUAUUCUUGUUAAAGCUCCCGGGAGAGCCAGACGAGUAUCCUGAGGAGGACCACAAACAGUACAUUCGCUCUUUAAUUGAUACAAGCCAGGAUUCAAUGAUAAAUGCUUUAGCACGUCUCUUAAAGUACUUGAACAAUAAUCUGGCGUGGUUAUGCCUGUCUCAACAAGAAAAUAAAAUACUUGGAGUCAGAAAUAUGUGCAUCGAUCAGCAAGUUUGGAUAAAUUAUGAAACAUAUCGAGCUCUUCAAAUAUUUACACAUACUGCUCAUCCAUCACUUUUCAAGUGGACUUCUGAUGCACAUAAGGAGGGAUUGAGUAUUUUUGGUCUAUUUAAUCGUUGCAGUUCAAAACUUGGCUCUAAGUUCAUGAGAGCCACAAUGCUUCAACCUACAACCAAUAUUGAUGUUUUAAACAAGCGACACGAAGUUGUCACUUUCUGUAUGAAUCCUGCACACGAAGAUGUUGUUAAAAAAAUGCAGGGAUGUAUUCGUCAAGUUCAGAGCAUUUCGGGAAUGCUUCCUCGGCUACUGGCAGCACAGGCUACGAUUCCUCAGUGGAAAUCACUAAAGAAGACAAACCAUAAUGUCCUACUCCUUCGUGAAAUUUGUUGUCAGUUUGCAGAUAGUGUGCCAUUCUUUGAGGAGGCAAGAUCUGCUAUACCUGAAUCCUUGUAUCGAAUUGGACACAUCAUGAAGAAAAUAAUAGAUUUUCAAACAUCUGAGGAAAUGAAGAGAUUUGUAGUCCUUCCUGGAGUUGAUAAUGAUCUAGAUAAAAUGAAGCAUAAAUACGCUAAUUUGAGUGAUAUGAUGAUGGAGCUAUCACCAUUAGAACUACAAGAUUUACCAGAUUACAUAGAGGAAUGUGCUGUUCUCUUUCUACCUGAAAUUGGGUUUUUAGUUACCGUUCCUAUGUGGAAAGAUGAUCUCACUAAAGAAGAAAUGCAUAUACCUGGAUUUAAAUUUAAAUUCAUAGCAGAUGGAAAAAUACAUUACAAGAGCCCUCGUUGCAGAGAGCUUGACUCAUCACUGGGGGAUAUAUAUCUUCGAAUAAGUGAAUUAGAGUUACGAAUUAUGCUCAGGCUUGUGCAGUAUAUUCAACAACACAUAGAUGCUCUUAUUGAUUCUCUAAGCUAUGUUGGAGAACUAGACUGCCUAAUAUCUUUUGCGGAGGUAGCCAAAGAAUUUGGGUAUGUUAAACCCACAAUGACUUCAGGACAAGAAAUAUUCAUAGAGAAAGGAAGGCAUCCACUACAGGAAUGUUGUGUAAACACUUACGUUCCCAACGACACUUUCUCAAGCAAAUCUCAUGGACUAGUUAAAAUUCUAACAGGACCAAAUGCCAGCGGAAAAAGUGUUUAUCUCAAGCAAGUUGCAGUUAUAGCCUACCUUGCGCACACUGGAAGCUUUGUACCUGCCAAGAAAGCAGUGUUAGGAGUCCUGGACCAAAUUCAUACCAGAAUACAAACUACUGAAUCAGCUGCUUCUCAGUUGUCAGCAUUCCUUAUCGACCUAAGGCAGAUAAAUACAGCAGUCUGCAUGGCAACAAAGUCUUCUCUUCUAGCAGUAGAUGAAUUUGGAAAAGGAACUUCUGAAGUUGAUGGGCUCUCCCUAUUGACUGCUUUUCUCACCCAUCUUAUAAAAAGGGGUCCAAACAAUUGUCCUCAUGUUAUUCUUUCAACUCAUUUCCACCGUCUUGUUGACCUUCUUGGCGAUAAUCCACUGGUUAAAAGUUAUGUUCUAGAACAUAUUGUUACUGAUGGAGAGCUGGUGUAUUUGUUUCAACUAAAGGCAGGUCAAAUUAUGUCGAGUUUAGCCAUAGAAGUAGCAAAAGCAAACGGAAUUCAACAGGCACAAGUGAAUAGAGCAAGUGAGAUUUUAAAUGCCUUGAAAGGGGGGACUUCGAUCAACCCAAUUUUAAACCACAAGAAAAUGCAACCUACAAAACCAGAAGAGGACUUCAUGAAAGAUUUCUUAUCUCUUGAAAUAGACAAAGACCCACAAGCCAUUGAGGAAUUAAAAACUAGGUUCUUGAAACUAAAGUGAAAAACAUAAAUUAUAUGGAUAAACACACUGAAGUAUAACUAGAAGAUCACAAUC